AUGCCGCAACACGUCCCUAUGAAGCAUAUGUUCAGAUUGUUAAAUCUGCACCAACAAUAUGGCCCUGUGGUCCAGAUCACACCGUGGGAGAUACACAUCAAAGGCCCCAAUUACUAUAGCCAUCUCGACGCAGGGCCAGGAAUACAUUGUAAUAAGGACCCUUGGUUCGGUUUAUAUCAUUCCCUGGAUCAUUAUUUUCAACAAAUUGGCACGAGCUCCAUAGAGCGCGACGAAAGCUGUUAG